GAUUCUGUGUGCGAUUAUUGAAAUUGAAAAUGCGACAAAAGGGUGGCCACGUUCUUUCAGGAACAAGUUUAGAAAUUCCAGUGUCAUGGACCAUCUCAAUAACUUCAAUUGAGAUAAAUCUGACGGAGAAAUGAAAGGAUGUAUACAAGAGAAUGUCAGCAGAGAAUUGGACUACAAAAAAUAUCCAACAUGAAAAGAUGCUAACAGUGAAUAAAAAAAUAGUAUAAAUGUUUGAACUGUCAUCGAUCUAUUUAAAUAAUAAUUAACAAAUAAUAAGUGUUUUUCGAUUAUUGUGUCUAUAGUGUGAUCUAUAGUUUGAGUUGUUAAUUUAUGUUUGAAAUGUUAUAGUUUUAUUUUUAACUUAAAAUGAUUAUACCGUAAAUACUCAAAAAUCGAAUAACAAAAUGUCCUUUAAUGAUCCUAAAUGAUUAAUCCUAUAAUAUCAGUUGUUGCAAUACUAUCAUAGUGCUAAUAUUUCUAUAAAUAAAUUUUAAAAUAUUUAUAUAAAUCAAAUAAUUUAAUAUUCUUGAGAAUUUAUUGAUAAAUUUCAAUCAUGACUGAUAUUACCAUCCAAGACUUACACAAGUUGCUUGUUUAUUUUUCAAAAACUACUUAUAGAGCCAAAGAUGCUGAUUGCACGGGCCAAGCGAUUAUGCAACAGUGUUUGUUACUUGCUGAUUUAGAUUACACGCAUUCAAUAAUAAGUAACAUUGCAGGUGACCUGAGUGCUCAUUAUCCAAGUCACCUUAUUAUUCUUGAAAAUGAAAAACAUAAAAAUCCACACAUCUGUGACACGCCACCACCACUGCCAAGGACUACAGAGACUAUAUACGAAAGCAUGUACGAUCCGAAUAAGUUGAAAGAUUUAAUUAAAAAUGCCAGAUUUGCCAGAUGUCGAUCAAGAUUUCCUUUACCAGUAAUUCUCUAUAAAGGACGACAUAUAUGUCGAUCAGCAACACUGUCUGGUGGCCCUGAAAUUUAUGGUAGAUCUGGGCUUAACUAUUUAUUUGCUGGAACUGAAACAGCUGGUUCCGUCCAACAUCAAGUAGAUGAAGCCAAAGGAGGAGACUCUGUACUUAGUGAUUGGCAAUUAUUUGAUAAAGUGCGAAAUCAAGAUAUAAAAUUAUUAAAAACUCUUAACGUUGGUAAUAUCAUUGAUUUUAUGGUCGAGAAAAAAAAAGUUAAAUUCGGAAUGAAUGUAACAUCGUCGGAGAAAGUAGAUAAAGAAAAGAGGUAUUCAGACUUCACAAUAAUCUCACUGCCAUAUCCUGGAUGUGAAUUUUUUAAAGAAUUCCGGGAAAAUGAUUAUCAAGCAAAAGGACUAGUCUUUGAUUGGUCCCAAACACAUGUUGAUGCGCAAAUUGGCGUUCCAGACGAUAUAAUUUCUACUCAAUUAAAAAUUAAUUGGGAUCAGUAUCAAAUAUGGGACCUAGUCAAAUUAACGCAAAAUUAUUUCAAACUUAUAUUACGAUAUUUAAGUGAUAGUAGUAAUGGGAUGUUGAUUCAUUGUAUUUCGGGAUGGGAUCGAACACCAUUAUUUGUUUCACUCUUAAGAAUUAGUUUAUGGGCAGAUGGAGCUAUUCAUACAUCAUUGAAUGCUCAUCAAAUGUUAUAUUUUACAAUCGCAUAUGAUUGGUUAUUAUUUGGUCACGAUUUACAAGAUAGACUCAGUAAAGGUGAAGAAAUAUUCUUCUUCUGUUUCUUUUUCUUAAAACACAUUCAGGAUGAAGAGUUCAGUGUUAAUUCUAAACAUACGCGAUCGCGACAUUCCGUUUUCCGCAACGACAGUGAUUCGCAAUUGGACAAUGUGAUGUUUGAUAAUGAAUCUGUUGUAACGUUAAGUUCAGUUAGUUCUAAUAUGAGUUUAAAUAGCUGGUGUAGUUCAUUUAGUCAAAACAGUCGUGACAGUCAAGACAAUAAUCCACCUAGUGUAUUUCCUUGUUCUUCCACAGAUAGUCAAGAUGAAAGCCAUAGCAAUGGAAAUGUAGUACCAUGGACAUUUUACAAUACUUCAAAUAACAAAGAUAACGUCGCUCAUGGAUCCCGAUCGCCUUUAUUAUCAAGUCGGACGUCUCCUGUUGCUGUACCAAUUCCAGGACGGUUUCGUCAACGCAACGAGUCGUCAUCUUCUGCUGGUUCUUGGCAAAUGAUAUCCGGUACUGGUAGCUUACGUGGCUCAACCACCUCUACUUGUGCAUUACCAGAGUUGUUAUCUUCAUCUGGCUUAGCUUGUAAAUCUCAUUGUAGCAGUUGUUCUGGACAAGCAUCACAGGAAUCAAGUGUCACUAUUAUAGAAGAUGAGCCUACUGCAGUACUAGCACAAAGUCGAAAGGAAAGACUGCACAGCAUGCGUACGUUAUUUUAUAGUGUAUAUAGUCAUACAAUUGGAUUCAGGAUGAAAGAAAAUUCAGAAUCUAGUGGGUUUGGUCAAUUAUUGGGAAAUUUUGCUGAAAAAGUAGGUAUAUUAUCGGUGCAACGUACAUCAUUGUGACCAUAGAUCAUCACAAUUGAAUAAUUUUUUCAUAGACGAUGUAAAUACGAUUGUCUUUCAAUCAAUUCAUACAGAAAAUUUUACAAUUUAUAAAUAAGAAAGGAGGGUAAAUGAAUAUUUGUGUUCAAAAAUGACGUACUCUGAAAAUAAUGUAUAUGAAAGUGACAUAAUAAACUUGGUAUUUUUUUACA